AUGGGCCUGUGUGGUGGUGCCUUGUUGCUGGUGCUGCAGUUGUCCUGGGCUCUGGUCGGCGGGCAGGUGCGGUACUCGGUGCCGGAGGAAGCCAAGGUCGGCACGGUUGUGGGCCGGCUGGCGCAGGACCUAGGCUUGGAGGCGGGCGAGCCGGAGACGCGGCGGCUGCGGCUGGUGUCUCAGGGCCGGCGGGAGAGCGUGGAGGUGAGCGGGGCGAGCGGGGCGCUGGUGGUGAGCUCGCGGCUGGACCGGGAGGAGCUGUGCGGGAAGAGCGCGCCGUGCUCGCUGCGGCUGGAGGUGCUGGUGGAGCGGCCGCUGCGCGUCUUCCAUGUGGAGCUGGAGGUCACCGACAUCAAUGACAACGCCCCGGUGUUCCCCGCCGCACGGAAAAACCUCAGCAUCGCGGAAUUAACUACUCUGCCUGGGUCUCGUUUCCCGCUGGAGGGCGCGUCGGAUGCAGAUGUCGGAGCCAACGCUCAGCUCUCGUACAGCCUCAUACCCAGUGAACAUUUCGCUGUAGAUUUACAAAAAUCGAAUGGGCGUAAUAUUGUACCCGAUCUUGUUUUAAUGAAAGCGCUGGACCGCGAGAUGAUGCCGAUUCACCAUCUGGUUCUGUCGGCGACUGAUGGGGGCCAUCCACCGCUGACAGGCACAAUGGAACUGGUGAUCUCGGUGCUGGAUGCUAACGACAAUGCACCCCAGUUCAACCAGUCUGUGUAUAAAGUGCAGUUGCCGGAGAAUGCUGCAGAGGGGACGCUGGUGACGAGGGUAAACGCCACCGAUGCGGAUGAAGGAAUUAACAGUGAGAUGACCUACACGGUAACAAACUUCCUUCCCCUCAGUGGAAAAGAUGUGAUUACUGUCAAGCCGAGGACGGGAGAAAUCCUUCUGACGGGCGCGCUGGACUUCGAAGAAGUCAAUAUAUUUGAUUUUCGCAUUGAAGCGAAAGACAAAGGGACGCCUCCGCUGUCGGGUCACUGCAGAGUGGAGCUGGAGGUGCUGGAUAUGAACGACAACGCGCCGGAGGUGUGGGUGACGUCGCUGUCGGUGCCGGUGCCAGAGGACGCGGCAGUAGGGACGGUGGUAGCUUUGCUGAGCGUGUCGGACCGAGACUCUGGGGAGAACGGGCGCGUGCGUUGCACGGUGUGGCCGCCGGCUCCGUUCGGUCUGGUGUCGACGUUCUCGGGCUCGUACUCGCUGGUGCUGCGGGAGGCACUGGACCGGGAGCGGGUGUCUGAGUAUGAGGUGGAGGUGCGGGCGGAGGACGGCGGGGCGCCGCCGCUGCGCGCCAGCCGCACUCUGCGUGUGCCGGUGUCGGACGUGAACGACAACGCGCCGGCGUUCUCUCAGGCCGUGUACACGGUGCUGGUGCGGGAGAACAACGCGGCGGGCGCGGAGCUGGCGCGGCUGUGGGCGCGGGACCCGGACGAGGGGGCCAACGGGCGCGUGAGCUACUCGGUGGCGGAGAGCGGGGGCGGGUCGUCGGUGUGGAGCGGCGGGUGGCGUCCGGCAUCGAGCUACGUGUCGGUGGACGCGGAGAGCGGGCGUGUGUGGGCGCUGCAGCCGCUGGACUACGAGGAGCUGCAGGUGCUGCAGUUCGAGGUGCGUGCGGUGGACGCGGGGGAGCCGGCGCUGUGCGGCAACGCCACGGUGCAGCUCUUCGUGCUGGACGAGAACGACAACGCGCCGGUGCUGCUGCCGCCUGCCGGGGGCGGGCCGGGCUCCGGCGUCGCUGGCUCGGCGUCGUCGGGUGCGGACUCGGCGGCGCUGUGGGCGUGGGCGUCGUGGGGGUCUCCGGCGGGGCAGGUGGUGGCGAAGAUCCGCGCGGUGGACGCGGACUCGGGCUACAACGCGUGGCUGCGCUACGAGCUGUGGGAGCCGCGGGGCAAGGGCCCGUUCCGCGUGGGGCUUUACAGCGGCGAGGUGAGCACGGCUCGGGCGCUGGAGGAGGCGGACGGCCCACGGCAGCGCCUGGUCAUCGUGGUGCGGGACCACGGCGAGCCUGCGCGCUCUGCCACGGCCACGCUCAGCGUGUCGCUGGUGGAGGGCACCGAGGCGGCGCUGGCGGCCGCGAGCUCAGGCUCGCCGGGGGCGGGGCUCCGGCCGCGGAGGGCGGUGCCUUGGCGGCGGCAUCGGCGACGACGACGAACGUGUGGCUGGUGGUGGCCAUCUGCGUGGUGUCGAGCUUGUUCCUGCUGGCGGUGGUGCUGUACGGGGCGGCGCGGUGGUCUCCGCGUUCGGCGGUGCUGUCAGGUCCCGGUCCGACCACGCUCGUGUGCGCCAGCGAAGUGGGGAGCUGGUCGUACUCGCAGCGCCAGAGCCGGAGCCUGUGUGUGA